UGCAUAUAACAGGCCCUGUGGAAUGAUUGUGGAGAUAUGGAGGGCCUCUGAGAGGCAGGUGGAAGACCUGAAAGCCCUGCGAGGAGUCCAUUAAUGGGUCUAGUGUUGGAGAAAGCCCCCAGAUCUGAUGGUAUCAGUGCCUUGGGGAAGGGAACACGGACAGAACAAAUGCUAUCAGGCAGCAACAUGGGCCCAAAAACAGGAUGCUAUCUCUGUCAGUGUAGCUCAGAGUUGCCCUGAGCACAGACAUAAUGACACAGAUGCACAGGUAUAUAAGACCAUGGAUCUAGUAGCAUUGCACCUGAAGGCUGAGCUCUAAACAGAGGUUAUAGGUAGAGUGCUAAAGAUGGAAGACAAAGGGACAGAAACAGGAGUAGCAGCCAUGGCAGCUUGCUAUCAGAGAUUUGAUCCUGCAGCGUAUUUGCAGUAUAACUACACUCCACCACGGGCAGAUUUUGAGAGGAAGGACAGCAUUGUGCCGUGGAAACUGGCAUGUCUGCACAGAGCUUUCACUGAAGGCGAUGUGAGUGGUGAGCUACUGGUAGACAUAGGAUCAGGUCCUACUCUCUACCAGGUGCUGAGCGGCUGUGAGGUCUUCAACCAGGUCCUCCUCACAGACUUCCUGGAGGUCAACCGGCAGGAACUGAAGCACUGGCUCCAGGAUGAAGGAGGCUGCAGUCUGGACUGGACACCCUAUCUGCAGCAUGUCUGCAAGCUGGAGGGACGACGACCCUCAGCAUGGACAGAGAAAGCUGCCAAACUACGUCAGGUCAUCACCGACAUCCUCCCCAUCGACGUGCACCGCCCUCAGCCUCUGGCUAGCGAUGCCCUUCCCUCUGAAGGGGCAGACUGUCUUGUGUCCUGCUUCUGCCUGGAGAGCGUCAGCCCUGACCUGCCUGCCUUCAACCGGGCCCUGGGCCACAUUGGGAGGCUCCUGCGGCCUGGUGGCCACCUCCUGCUUAUUGGGGCCCUCGGAGAGAGUUACUACUUUGGGGGGCCCGGGGUUAAGAUCCCAGUUGUCCCACUGAACGAGGCCCAAGUCUGUGCUAGUUUGAAUGAAAGUGGUUUCACCCUAAUCAGGCUGGAGGUUUAUACACUGCCCCAGGACAUGAGGGUGGGGGUGGAUGAUGUCAGCGGGGUGUUUUUUGCAAAGGCAAGGAAGGAUUAAAAGGUGAAGUUGUAGAAAGUGGGAGAUGAUUGAUAAAGGGUAUUUAAAUUAUAAGAGACAAGCUUAAUCCUCAGAUUAAAAUGUUAAUGAUUAAGAUUAAGGUGAGGUAUGGUUGUGCCCUGGUUGUGCUUCUCUAUUACUUUACAAAUAAUCAAGCAGACUCUUAAAGGAAAAAUAUAUAUAGACUCAAACAUAUAAACUAAAUAUUUCUAUUGAAUCCAUUUUAUUUUUUUGAUACAGAAUAGAAGGUUCAAAACUGUCCUUUUUGUUGCCUUAAGCCACUCUUAGUAUGAGAAUUGUAAUCAGACAUUGCCUCCUGCAGUUCAGACACUGCAACUACAGCGUCAAGAAUGUAACACCUAUAUUUUUGUUUUCAGAAUAUCAUAUAUGAUUGUAACAUCUAGCAAAUAUCAUAGCAAAUUUAAAACAGUAUAUUUUGAUACAAUUCUUGUCAAUUAACUGUUAUCCAUGAGGGGAUGAUGUUGUACGUGAUGUGUUUUGUAAUUUGUGAUAAUGCAAAUAAAGAUGCAAUGCCAAAACCAUG